CAUUUCACAACGGAAGUGAACAGAUUCAUAAUAGCACGACUGGGGCUCAUUUUAGUUCAAUGCUGGAGCUGUCAAGUACAGCAAAGGUUGGAGGAGAGAGGGUUUGCGAAUGGCACGCAAAAAACUGCAUGAACUAGCUGUUGGCAUGUUUUUGAUAAUAAUUGUAGUGUGCCGAACACCUUGCAGUGUUUGGUUCUAAACCCGGUGUGAGAAUGACGCUGCAGAAUGGGCUGGUGUUACCUGUUACCAAAAACUGUUCCAAUGCAGUCGCAGUAGCUAGCAGAGCAGACUACAACAACAGGAACACCCUGAGAUGGGACCUGACCCCAGACCAGAUCAAGACCAUGACAGAGAGCCUGGUCCAGGGGAUCAAACAGGUCUACGAUGACAUUGGAUCUCUGGACGUAGAACAAGUGUCCAUUGAAAACACCUUAAAAGCCCUGGCCAAUGCCAAAUCAGAAUAUUCAGCACAGCGCCAUGUUCUGGAUUUCCCCCAAUACGUGUCUGCUUGUAAGGAGGUGCGCUCAGCGAGCACAGAAGCAGACAAGACGCUAUCUGACUUUGAUGUGGAGACAAGUAUGAGGGAAGAUGUGUUUCACAGAGUGAUUGCCUUACAGGAGAAGCAGCUGGACAAUCUAACGCCUGAGGCCAAGAGAUUCUUAGACCGUCUUAUCACAUUAGGGAAGAGGAAUGGAUUGCACUUGUCAAAGGAUAUACAGGAGGAAGUCAAAAGAUUGUCAAAACUCAUCAGUGAACUCUCAAUCGACUUCAACCAAAAUCUAAAUGAGGAAAACACGUAUCUAACAUUCAGUGAAAAUGAACUAAGUGGCCUAGCGGAUAGCUAUCUGAAUGGUCUGGAGAAGACUGAGGACAGGCGGUACAAGGUAACCUUGGCAUACCCUCACUACUACCCCCUGAUGAAGAGGUGCCACAUGGCUGAGACCAGGAGGAAGAUGGAGACUGCUUUCCAUAGCAGAUGUAAGGAGGUAAACACAGUCAUUCUGGAGAAGCUGAUUAAGCUGAGGUCAAAGGUGGCACAGCUACUGGGUUUCAGUACCCACGCCAACUGUGUGCUUGAGAUGAACAUGGCCAAGAAUACCAACAAUGUGGCAUGCUUUCUAGAUGAGUUCUAUGCGACACUGAAGCCGGUGGGAAUCAAGGAAAGGAAGUAUAUCCUGGCCCUGAAGAAGAGGGACUGUGCCAUGCGGGGAAAGGCCUUCGAUGGACAGAUCAACGCCUGGGACCUGCCCUACUACAUGAAUCAGGUGGAGCAGGUGAAGUUUGCUGUAGACAAGGACAAGCUGAUCGAGUACUUCUCUCUGGAGGUGGUGACGGAGGGGUUGCUCAGUAUCUACCAGGAACUGCUUGGCCUCAACUUUAAGCGGGUAAACAGCGCCCACGUGUGGCACGAUAACGUCAGCCUCUACUCUGUACUGGACACGGCCACUGGGGAGGAGAUUGGCCGGUUCUACUUGGACCUGCAUCCCAGAGAAGGGAAGUACGGUCAUGCUGCCUGCUUUGGGCUCCAGCCGGGCUGCCUGGGGCCUGAUGGGAAACGUAUGCUGCCGGUUGCGGCCAUGGUGGCCAACUUCACCAAGCCUACAAAAGGCUGGCCCUCUCUGCUGCAGCACCACGAGGUGGAGACCUUCUUCCAUGAGUUUGGCCACGUCAUGCACGAGCUCUGCUCUAGGACGACGUUCUCAGAGUUCAGUGGGACCCUGGUGGAGACAGACUUUGUGGAGGUGCCAUCUCAGAUGCUGGAGAACUGGGUAUGGGAGAAGGAGCCCCUGAGGAGGAUGUCUCGGCACUACAAAGACGGCAGCCCCAUCCCUGACAACCUGCUCAACAAACUCAUCGCCUCCAGAGUCGCCAACACAGGUCUGAUGAACCUGCGUCAGGUAGUGCUUAGUAAAGUGGACCAGUCUCUGCACACCAAGUCCCAUGCCGACACUGCCGAGGUGUUCGCCAAGCACUGCCAAGACAUCCUGGGGAUCCCCGCUACUCCAGGUACAAAUAUGACAGCUAGUUUUAGUCACUUGGCUGGGGGCUACGAUGGCCAGUACUAUGGCUACCUGUGGAGCGAGGUCUAUUCCAUGGACCUCUUCUUCAGUCGUUUCAAAAAGGAAGGAAUCAUGAACCCCAAGGUGGGGAAGGAGUACAGAAGGGUGAUUCUGGAGGCUGGUGGUUCUGUGGAUGGAAGGGACAUGCUGAAGACCUUCCUGGGUCGUGAACCUUGCCAGGAUGCCUUCUUUCAAUGCAAGGGAUUGGCCAAAGCUGAGGGAACACUGAAUGGUCGUCACUGACUCCCUCUCACUCCACAUUAAAAGGAUAUUUUGGGAUUUGGGCAAAGAGGCUCUUUGAAGAACUUCCUUCAAACUGACAAUAUGAUGACAAUAUUUUUUGCUUUUUGUACAGUUUAUAUACAUGCCUUCAGAAAGUAUACACACCCCUUGACUUUUCCAAAUGUUGUUGUGUUACAGCCUGAAUUUAAAAUGGAUUCAAUUGAGAUGUUAUGGCACUGGCCUACACACAAUACCCCAUUAUGUCACAGUCGAAUUCAGUUUUUCUAUUAAUUAAAAAUGAAAAGAUGAAAUGCCUUGAUUCAAUAAGUAUUCAACCUCUUUGGUAUGGCAAGCCUAAAUAUGUUCAAGAGUAAAAAUGUGCUUAAUAAGUAACAAAAUAAGUUGCAUGACUACCUCAUCUCUGUACCCCACACAUACAAUUACCUUUAAGGUCCCUCAGUUGAGCAGUGCAUUUCAAACACAGAUUCAACCACAAAGACCAGGGAUGUUUUCCAAUGCCUCAAAAAGAAGGGCACCUAUUGGUAAAUGGGUAAAAAUAAAAAAGCAGACAUUGAAUAUCCCUUUGAGCAUGGUGAAGUUAUUAAUUACACUUUUUGUCCUGAAUACAAAGUGUAAUGUUUUGGGCAAAUCCAAUACAACACGUUACUGAGUACCACUCUCCAAAUUUUCAAGCAUAGUGGUGGCUGAAUGUUAUGGGUAUGCUUAUAAUCGUUAAUGACUGGGGAGUUUUUCAGGAUAAAAAAGAAACAGAAUGGAGAAAAGCACUGGCAAAAUCCUAGAGUAAAACCUGGUUCAGUCUGCUUUCCACCAGACCAGACACCAGACCUUUUUAAAAUUUGAUUUAAUCAUUUUUUACUUCAGUUUAUUUUAGUAAAUACUUUCUUAACACUUUUUCUUCUUAAAACUGCAUUGUUAAGGGCUUGUAAGUAAGCAUUUCACUGUAAGGUCUACACCUGCUGUAUUCGGCGCAUGUCACAAAUAACAUUUGAUUUGAUUUAAGACACAAGGCCAAAUCUACACUUGAGUUACUUACCAAGAAGACAGUGAAUGUUCCUGAUUAACCGUUUUCACUUAAAUUUACUUGAAAAUCUAUGGCAAGACCUGGAAAUAUUUAUCAAGCAAUGAUCAACAACCAAUUUGACAUGGCUUGAGGAAUUUUGAAAAGAAUAAUGGUCAAAUGGUGCACAAUCCAGGUGUGGAAAUCUCUUAGGGACUUACCCAGAAAGACUCACAACUGUAAUCGUUGCCAAAGGUGCUUCUAAAAAAUAUUGAAAACUUAUGUAAAUUAGAUAUUUCUGGGUUUUCAUUUUCAAUAAAUAUGAAUACAUUUCUAAAAACAUGUUUUCACUUUGUCAUUAUGGGGCCUUGUGUGUAGAUUGGUGAAGAAAAAAAUCUAUUUAAUCCAUUUUCAAUUCAUGCUGUAACACAACAAAAUGUGGAAUAAAUCAAGGGGUAUCAAUACUGUCUGAAGGCACUGUAUCGGUUGUUAUUGUAUUGGAGUUGCCAUGUUUAAUUUUAGCUCCCGAGUGGUGUGCGGUCUAAGGCACUGCAUCUCAGUGCUAGAGGCGUCACUACAGACCCUGGUUCGAUCCCAGGCAGUAUCACAACUGGCCGUGAUUGGGAGUCCCAUAGAGUGGCACACAAUUGUCCCAGCGUCGUCCGGGUUAGGGGAGGGUUUGACCGGGUAGGCCGUCAUUGUAAAUAAGAAUUUGUUCUUCACUGACUUGUCUAGUUAAAUAAAGGUUAAAUUAAACAUUUAAAAA